UGAGACUGGAUACACUUGGUCAUUUAUCGACUGUUUCUAUGACUAGUCAGCUCAGUCAGUCUGGCACAGCUGCAGUUGACUAUAACACUGAUACAAGUGCAUCACCAGCAUCACCAGUGGCACCACCUACCAGAAGUCAGUCUCCUUCAUCUACUACUGAAUCAGAAAGAUUUUCUGUCUCUGGAUCUUCAACUGAAUCUUUCCAAAAUACUUUGUUGAUGUUCACAAUUGAUAAUACUUCAAAGAUGAGAUCUUCAUCAGUAGGUUCACCUGAUGUAUCUGUGACAGAAGCACAUGUAAUUUCACCCAGACCUGAGACAACAGUUGUGCCACCAAAUGUGCCAACAGCGCAAUCAGCUAUGACUGUAAUUCCACAUGAAUUCCUGAUCACAGCAGCCUCUACAGCUACAGUUGCAGCACAGACCCCAACAGAAGCUUCUACUACUUCAACAGAACUGGCUGCUCCUACAAAUACAAGAUUUACUCAAGCCCAAAUUUCUACUACAUCAACAGAAACAUCAACUGAUUCAUCAACUGCUUCAGUUUCAGCUGUUAUAAAUCAAUUCACAACAAUGUCAGAAGAACAAAACCACACAUCAGUUAUGACUCAGUCUACUACAUAUCAAGGUUUGAGAACAAGUGCUGUUUCUACAAUAACAAAAGAAGCAGUGUCUACCAGAAAUCAGGUUCCUCAGUCUUUUACUGAGUCUGUCUCUGAAGAACCACUACAACCUUUGAGAACCACUUCAACUCCAUCUUCAAACACUUACAGAAUAUCUUUAGCUGUAACUACCACUGCUGGAAACACCAGACCAGCCACCACAACAAACACCUCUGCUAUUUCUGUUGCUUGGUUAUCUACUCUGGCUACCACAGCCAUGGCAGUGCCAGCUAAAGCAGGUGAAGGAGUUAUUAUUUUACAAUUACGCAUCCAGCGAGUCUUCAUCCCUGCUUACAAUGAUCCUUCCUCAACUGAGUACAAGACUCUGGUUAGCAAUAUCACUGCUGAGUUGGGCCGAGGCUACAGAGAGCAGUUUCCCCUUACAUUCCUCCGAUGCUAUGUCUUAAGACUCUGGGCUGGUUCAGUGGGUGUGGACACUCAGCUAAUCUUUAAAAAUGAAGCAGUUCUUCCAAAUGUAACAGUUGUGGCUGAAUCACUGAAAUCAGCAAUAAAUGGCUCUACAGUUUUCCUGGAUAUCAUUCCAUCCAGUGUAACUGCUGUAAAUAUUCUCUCAACUACUUUGGAUACCAACACCGCCACCGCCGCCACCACCACCACCACUGCCACAACCACCACCACCACCACCACCACACUCCACACACAGAUGCAGACCAGCCAUAACAACAUUACAAGUGAGACAUUUAGCAGUGCCAUGGCAACAUCUCUACCCAGCACACUAAUCACUUUCUUUGUUAUGAUAAUUUUUCACAGCUUUAUAAACACUCUUAUGCAGUGAAUUUUGUAGAUUGGCAAAAAAAAAAUUAUGAAAUGAGGACUUGAUACAUGGUGUAAAAUAUAAUACUACUUAAAAUGAUUUUGUGCACUUUGUGUUUAUAGUAUUAUAUAUGCAAUGAUCUAAUUAUCUAAUCAAUAACGGUGAAUAGUAUGAUUGUAAAUGUUAUCUUUUCUGUGUCUCAUAGCUUAUGUUAAAUAGUACUUUACACUUCUUUAUAUUACUAAUCUCUGCACACCUAUCUGCUGACACAUUGUAGUGGC